AGCUGUCUGUGUGCGGAGAAAAUUGGAGCAAUCAAAGUUUCGCAGUGUCCGAGCGUGUGUGUGUCUGAUUUAUGUUUUUAUCCGCUUUUUAUUUUUAUUUUCGGAUUAUUGUUAAACCAAGGAGAGGGCUGUCCGCUUGUUAGGUAAAAACAUAUACAGAAUCGGGACUUUUGAGCCUCAAGAUGUCAAUUUUGCCAUUUACACCCCCGAUUGUGAAAAGACUUCUGGGCUGGAAGAAGGGCGAGCAGAACGGACAGGAGGAGAAAUGGUGCGAGAAGGCUGUAAAAAGCCUGGUGAAGAAGUUGAAAAAGACCGGGCAACUAGAUGAGCUGGAAAAAGCCAUUACCACCCAGAAUAUCAACACGAAAUGCAUCACAAUACCGAGGUCUCUGGACGGACGGCUGCAGGUGUCCCACAGGAAGGGGCUGCCUCAUGUGAUUUACUGCCGGCUGUGGCGCUGGCCGGACCUGCAGAGUCACCACGAGCUGCGGGCCGCAGAGCUCUGCGAGUUCGCCUUCCACAUGAAGAAGGACGAGGUGUGCGUCAACCCCUACCACUACCAGCGCGUGGAGACACCGGUGCUGCCCCCGGUCCUCGUGCCGCGUCACACAGAGAUCCCCAGCGAGUUCCCGCCGCUGGACGACUACAGUACUUCCAUCCCUGAGAACACCAACUUCCCCGCUGGCGUUGAGCCCCAGAGCAACUACAUCCCCGAGACGCCCCCGCCUGGGUACCUCAGCGAGGAUGGGGAGACCAGCGACCACCAGAUGAACCACAGCAUGGAUGCAGGUUCUCCAAACUUGUCACCGAACCCUGUUUCUCCUGCUCACAGCAACAUGGACUUGCAGCCAGUGACAUACUGCGAGCCUGCCUUCUGGUGCUCCAUAUCCUACUACGAGCUGAACCAGCGCGUGGGCGAGACCUUCCACGCCUCCCAGCCCUCCCUGACCGUGGACGGCUUCACAGACCCCUCCAACUCGGAGCGUUUCUGCCUGGGCCUGCUGUCCAACGUCAACCGCAAUGCCGCGGUGGAGCUGACCCGCCGCCACAUCGGUAGAGGUGUGCGUCUCUAUUACAUUGGUGGAGAGGUAUUCGCGGAGUGUCUCAGCGACAGCGCCAUCUUUGUCCAAAGCCCAAACUGCAACCAGCGGUACGGCUGGCAUCCAGCGACUGUGUGCAAGAUUCCGCCAGGCUGUAACCUGAAGAUCUUCAACAACCAGGAGUUUGCGGCGCUGUUGGCCCAGUCAGUGAACCAGGGCUUCGAGGCCGUGUACCAGCUGACCCGCAUGUGCACCAUCCGCAUGAGCUUCGUCAAGGGCUGGGGGGCGGAGUACAGGCGACAGACCGUCACCAGCACCCCCUGCUGGAUCGAGCUGCACCUCAACGGCCCCCUGCAGUGGCUGGACAAGGUGCUCACGCAAAUGGGCUCCCCCAGCAUCCGCUGCUCCAGCGUGUCGUAGGAAAACCCUUCCCCGUCACCUCCCAGAGAACGCACAGACCAAAACCAGGAAAAAAAAAAGAAAAGCAGAAAAAACAAACAGGCGAAAAGGGCCCUCGUCUCCUCCCGGAAGGCAGCGGGAGACAGGUGGGGCCUGAUUGGAUAAGGCUGGCUGUCGACAGGUUCCAGCAGCGUGGCUUUGCACCCUGUUCUUAGCACUUUUAUUUGACAUGUUUGCGUGAGAGGGGACGAGUGCAUUACAAACAGAGUGGUUUGUAGUCUUCACACGGUCCAUUUCAUUUCUCUUUUUUUUUUUUUUAAUGUAGUAUUUUGGCAUUCGGUUGCCAAACAGCUGUAGCAUGUGAGCAAUAGUUUUAUUGAAACAAAAAAAAAAGAAAGGUGUUCUCUCUGUGACUUUACAGCUAUAAUCAUGAAUUUAUUGUACAUAGAAAGAGUUGCAGUCCUGAUUAGGGGAUUUUAAGAAACAUGAAAUGUAUUGGGAGGGUUUUUUGUAUUUCUGAGCAACAAUGGUUGCAUUUUACAAAUUUCAAAUAUUACUUUGUUUUGUUUUUUUUGUUGAUGUUGUUGCUUUUUUAUUGGUAUUGUAAUUUUUUGAUAGAGCAGAUGAAUUAAGCAGCCCCUGAGGUGCAUCUUAACCCUUCAGAACUUGUGGAGGUGUUGAAACCCGGGAAACGCGGUCAGACGCUUUUACGCAUCAGUACCAUGUCUUUCUCAGGCUCCUCCUUGUUCUGAUUUUUGUUGGAUUUGUUUCUGUGACGAUAAAUGUGUCCCUAGAAACAGGCGUGCAGUGACCCAGCCAGUGACGUUGACACGCAGGAAGCCUGCGCUGUCCGUUUUUGUGACCUGAACUGGGAUCAGCUGACUCGGCUGUGAACCAUCUUCUCUCUGCUGCAAGGGCCCUUUUUAGGUGUUCUGAGAUUCUGAAAUGAUUGGAUUAUGAAUUAGUUUUCAGCUCUUCUCAGUCAGAGCAGUGUGUUUGAGUCCCUUUAGAAAGAGGCAUGGUGAUGAUAACGAUGAAGUAGUUUCAAAUAGAGUUUAGUGCCAUUGUAUUCUGGAAGUACUUCUCAGUACACGUUUAACUUGUGAAUAGAUCUUUGCUCUCUAAGGGAGAGUCAGUGUACCAGUUAAGGUUAUUUUGUCAUUAUUUUUUGCAUAAUGAUAAUUUCCUGUUUGGGAAACGCAAGAACAUGUUAUACAAAACGGUAUGUAGUGAUGUGCAAAGCUGUCUGUGUCCGAAACACUACAGUAAAGUGAACAGUCUCUUCUGGUUCAUGGUUAGAGUGAUAGUUGCACCAGGCUGAGUGUUCAUACACUCAGACACACACACACUGCACAAGAGUACACACACACACCCACACACAUACACACAUCAUUGGCAUGACUGGAGGUAACCACUUGUCUUCAGAAGAUGUGGUUCUGACUUCUGGGUUCCAGCUGUCUCAAACAUAGAAGACUGUAGAAUGCACCAGUGCACUCAGGCAGCGUGCGCGUGCGUGUGUGUGUGUGUGUGUGUG